AUUUUCUUGGUUUUUCCUCUGGUUUUGUGGUUUAAUUUUCCUGAAUUACUUUUUUUUGUAGCGUUAAAGCUAGGGAAGAAUCUCGAUGAAUUCCUGGUGAUAUAUCUGUUCAAUAAACUUAUUUCAACAAUGGAUGAUGAAUAUGAUGAUAGGCCUUGGGACAGUGGGGACCGAAACGAUAAUGAUUCUGAGGCUGGAGAUGAACCCGAAAAUCCAGAACAAGUGUUGGCGGAAUGUGCUGAAAAGUUCUCAACAAAUGACUACAUCAUGGAGCCAGGAAUUUUCUCACAGCUGAAGCGUUACUUUCAGUCUGGAGGCAAUCCCUUGCAAGUCAUUGAAGAGCUUUCACAAAACUAUACAGCUGUUGCCCAAAUGGCCAACCUGAUAGCAGAAUGGCUCAUAAUUGGUGGUGUAAAAGUAACUGAUGUCCAAGCAAUGGUAGAAAAUCACUUGAAGGAAAUGAUUCUGAAAACAUUUGAUCCAAAAAAGGCAGAUACUAUUUUCACUGAAGAGGGAGAAACACCAGCUUGGUUGACACAGCUCAUAGAACAUCCCACAUGGAGAUCAUUGAUUUAUAGGUUAGCAGAAGAGUACCCUGACUGUUUGAUGUUGAAUUUUACUAUAAAGUUGAUUUCUGAUGCUGGUUUUCAAGGAGAAAUCACAAGUAUAUCAACUGCUGCUCAACAAUUGGAAGUGUUUUCUAGGGUACUUAAAACAUCUAUAUCGAGUUUCUUGGUCAACCCUGAAGAGUGGCAGACAACAAGUAGAGAAUGUGCAAAAAUGGUGUGUCAUGGACAACACACUUAUGUCUACAGUCAGCUAGUUAUUCACAUAUUGGCUAGGGAAUCAAAAGGUGGUAGUAGCAUGAAAAGGCUGUCACAAGAAAUUACCAAAUGUGCACAGAAAAAUGGAAAUGAUGUAACACCAAUAACUAUGGCUCUUAAUGGUGCCUCAGCCUUUCCAACAGCAUGCCAAGCACUCACAGCUAUGUUAUCUAGAAAUACUUUGAACCCUGCAGAUAUCACAGUGCUCUACAGGAAUUAUAAUGCUCCAGAGCCUCCCCCUAUAGAUCUCUUGAGAACACCCCAGUUUUUAGAAUUGUUGAUCGAUUCUUUGUUCAAACCCGGAGUGAAAUUGAACCCGGACUAUAAGCCUAAAUAUAUUCACUUGUUGGCUUAUGCCUCCAGUGUUUCUGAGAGUCAGAAAAAGGGCCAGAAGAGGAUAUCCAACAAAGACGAAUUGCAACCCACAAUUAGAGCAGUUGAAACUGUCCAUAAUAUUUGCAAUGGCAAUAAGGGUAGCUCAGAAUUGAUAGCAGAACUAUCUAUCAUCUAUCAAUCCCUAAAAUAUCCUGUGGUAUCAGUUGGUAUAAUUCGAUGGGUGGAGUGUACAGUAACUGAACCAAGUUACUUCAAGUUAUGCACAGAACACACCCCCAUACAUUUGGCGCUUCUUGAUGAAGUUGUCACUUUACAUCCCUUGUUGCACAACCAAGUUUUGGAUUUGUUGAUCCGUUUAUUCGAGUCUAAGCAAGACGAUCUCGAGAUAUUGGUGCAGCUGGAAAUGCGUAAAAUGGUGUUGGACAGAAUGGUGAAUCUCCUGUGUUCAGGUUGCGUCGUCUCAGUAGUGAAAUACAUCAAGCAAUGUUGGCAAAAAGGAGACACUGACAUAUCAUUAAUCAGAUAUUUUGUCACAGAGGUUCUAGAAACUAUUGGACCCCCUUACAGUUCAGAAUUUGUCCAUUUAUUCAUGCCAAUGGUGGAAAAUGAUGAAAUCACAGGUACAAUGAGAGGAGAUGGUGAAAAUGACCCUGUAUCAGAGUUUAUUGUGUACUGCAAAGCAAAUUAUACAACCGUUUUAUAA